GCCAAGCACGGGACCGGCCGGCCUCAGCCGCGUCCAAGCCCGGGCGGGCCGCCAGGUGAGCGCUCCCGGGCGCUCCAAACGCGUCGCUGGCGGCAGUGCGUCCACCAGGCCAAGUACGGGUCAUGGAGCCACGCGCGGGGGGCGCCACGGACCCUAAGGGGAGCAGAGGAGGCCGUAUCCUUCCCCCGCCCGCGGGCCCCAGAGCCCGGCAGCUCCUGGCGCGGCUGGACGCGCGCCCCCUGGCGGCCCGAGCUGCGGCCGACGUGGCGGCGCUGGUACGCCGGGCCGGCGCCACAUUGCGCCUGCGCCCCAAGGAGGACAAUAGCGUGCUGGAUUCUGCAGACAUAGAGGUCACAGACAGUCGCCUUCCUCAUGCCACUUUCGUGGAACACCGGCCCCAGCAUCGUCGGUCAGAGACCUUGGGUACACGUACCGCGCCACCCCAAGUGACCGAGGGUAAGGCACGUCGUGCUUCGAAGCCGCCCCAGGCCUCUGGUCAGUUCUGUGUGGAACUCGUUCGCAGUUCCGUGGGCUUUGGCUUCACAUUAAGUGGAGGCCGAGAUGCAGACGGGGACGCUCCGCUGGCAGUUCGCGGGCUGCUGAAGGACGGGCCAGCACAGCGCUGCGGUCGCUUGCAGCCUGGCGACCUCGUGCUCCACAUCAAUGGAGAGUCAACUCAGGGCCUCACGCAUGCUGAGGUCAUGGAUCGGAUUCGCACAGGAGGUCCCCGGCUCUGCCUUGUGCUAAGCAGGCCUCCUGAGACCCACCCCGGCAAGCCUGAGCGGGUGGGAGGGCCCUGGAAAGAAGAUGAUCGCAGUGCAGAUCCUGGGGGACCAGAGGUGACGAGGUCUCGAAGCUCCAGCACUUCCCCACUUCAGCACCCUCGACCCCGUACGACGCCCCAAACCCGGGGCAGCCCGGAGUCUAGCCCAGGAGUGGCGGACGACCCCGCGGUUCCUCCUCCUGAGGGCCGCACAGAGGACCCCAACGACCACACCCCGGAUUCCCCUGGACCCUGGCUGGUGCCGAGCGAGGAACGGCUCUCGCGAGCCCUAGGGGUCCCGGGGUCCGCGCAGCUAGCCCUGGAGAUGGCAGCCGGAAGGCGGAGGCACUGAGCGUGUAGCAGACGGGUCACUUGGUACUGCCCAACCUGGAUCUGGUGUGCCCCGCCCGCCGCUCACUAGCAUCAUGGGGAGAGCUUCCUUGGCCUUCUCCCCCUCCUGCUUCGCAGUCGACCAGCCCUUGCUCCCCUCGAGGCGUCAGUGGUACGGCCCUCCCGGACCGGCCAGCCCUGCGCAACUUGCUUCGGGCGGGGGAGGUAAUAAAAUGGUUCGAUCCGGUCUUAACUUGCCAGGUGCUCUAGGCUGGGUGGGGCUCCCGAGUCCUACCCGUAAAGCAGCGGGUGGGUCGACCUGGUUGUGAGGAGGGCCUCUUCUAGCAACCAUUGGCAAGCUUACUUCCUGCUGUUCCUUUCAUGCCUCUAGAGAGGUCUUCGCUUCUGCCGGCAU